AUGGAAUACGACCCCCAAACCCCGCAAUACCUCACCUCCGAUCCCUCCAGCUUCGGUUACGUCUCUGCCCGCGAGCGAUGGCCGGUCAUUAUCACCGGCGCGAUCGAUGAUCUCCACCGCACGGUAGCCGACGUCACCGAUGAGGAGAAACGCAAGGAGGGCAAGGCCAUCAUCGCAGAGCUGGCGAAGCUGAAAUACGAGAUCCAGCACGACAGGAAAUUGACACCCCUUCCCGACGAUGGCGAGCCCGGUAUCGCCGAGUAUAACCUGGAAUUGGAGCAGCGGGGAACGCCCUCGUGGCUGAAUGUGGCGUGGUUGUUCUCGGAGUGCUACCUUUAUCGGCGCAUGAGUACGCUUUUCGCGUUGUCCAAGCACUGGAAGCGCUACGAUGUCUUCGCCCGGCAGAAGAUGGCGACGUUCAAGUCGUCCCGUCCGGCCGUGCUUGAGCUGGCAGCUAGAUACCAUGAGCUGGCGUUGCAGGCUCAGAAGGGCAAGGGCGUGGAUGGCAAGAGUGCCGAGGAGGUCGAGCAGACCGAUCGGCUGCUCUUCUCCGAGAUGUGCGAGAUCUGCUUAUGGGGUAAUGCGACCGACCUUUCUCUCCUCACCUCUCUCACCUACGAGGAUAUCCAGAAGCUGCAGGGCUCGCACGCGCGCAAGGCGGCCGAAUCCAAUAUCCUUGUCAACGACCUAGAUGCUGCGUUUGAUGUGCUCGCCAAGGCGCAGAGGGAGAAAAAGGACGGCGAGCGCCGCGUGGAUAUCGUGCUCGACAAUUCCGGCUUCGAGUUGUUCGUGGAUCUUAUUCUGGCUGGAUAUUUGCUCUCUGCUGGUCUGGCGACGACUGUGGUACUCCACCCCAAGUUGAUCCCCUGGUUCGUCUCGGACGUCACGCCGCGGGACUUUACAGAUCUUCUCAACGCCCUUGCAGAUCCCCAGGGCUUCUACACGGCUCCCGACGAGUCGGGCCGUGAAUAUGAACCUCUUUCUGAGAAGGAAUUGGCCGAGGUCAGGUUCCUGUUCGAGCAGUGGAGCGAGUUCCACCGUGAAGGCAAACUGAUCAUUCGCCCGCAUGCAUUCUGGACCGACUGCGGGUCGUACUGGCGCAUGCCGCAUGCCGCGCCCGACUUAGUCGAAGAUUUGAAGCAGAGCGAGCUUGUUCUAUUCAAGGGUGAUCUAAAUUACCGAAAGCUGACAAGCGAUGCCGCCUGGGAUCCAACCACUCCUUUUAACACCGCUAUUGGCUCGCUGGGCCCCCAGUCGGGCGUUCGUAUCAUGUCCUUCCGUACCUGCAAGGCAGAUGUCGUGGUUGGGCUGGCUCCCGGUGAGGACGAGAAACUUCGCCAGACGCCCGGAGGGGGUGGCUCUGAGGCCCGUAAGUGGGCGUGGAGCGGUAAAUGGGCAGUCAUCUCGUUCUGCGACGGCAAGAUAUAA